AAUCCUUGUCAUCACUCGGAGCUGAUGGAAGCUUUAGAUAGAGUGUUCAGGAGAAGUUUAUGAAGGUUCUUGCUAAGAAAAAGAUCUGAAUAAGCGAUGGAUGGAUGGAUGGAUAGGAGGAUUGAGCUCGGUCAAAUCUGUGCACAAUGGUUUUAUAGCUUGCUGAAUUGCGAACAGCUAAAAUGGAUGACAUGACUUCCUGUGGGCCGUGGAUGCGGCGUGCAAGCUCAGAUCGGACGUCUGCAGAACGAAGAGGCAGCGUGAAGCCGAAUGCGCUCAGAUAGUGCACCUGUUCAGCCUUGUCCUUCUCCACCUUCAGUCAGAAUGGCGGCGGUACGGCUGCAGUUCCUCACCGCUUCCCUCAUGAUCGCCUUCGUCGGCAGCAGCAACAGCGGUCACGCUCUCGCGCACACCAUCCCCCGAGUCACGUUUCCUCUCGAGAGCCCUGGUCGUCCUUUUACACUCUUCACUCUUCCUGAUGUUUAUAACACCACCACACUCCUGCUGAGUGACGAUGAGGAGACGCUGUUCGUGGGAGCGAGAGACGCCAUUCUAUCCCUCAAGAUCAGCGAGGCAGGAAGCCUGCAGCUCAACAAGAAGAUCGACUGGUCGCCGACGGAGAACGAUCUGAUAGACUGCACCAUGAAGGGCACGGAUGAGACGGACUGUCCAAACUUUGUGCGAGUGCUGCAGGUCCUGAACUCCACGCACAUGUUCACGUGUGGAACGUUUGCCUUCAGUCCUCGCUGCAGCUACAUCAGGUCGGAGCAGUUCUCUCUGGCCGUGAGUCCCAGUGGGAAACCUGAGGAGGGCCGAGGGCGCUGCCCGUACAACCCCUACCACAAAAACACAGCCAUUACUGUGGGUGGAGAACUUUACACCGCCACGGUUGCAGACUACAGAGGGAAUCGUCCCGUCAUCUCUCGCCACCUGAGUGAAGGUGUCCAUGUGGAUAUGAAGCUGGAUGAUACCCCGGGCUGGCUCGAAGAUCCCACCUUCAUCAGCUCCACUUACAUCCCAAGCGAGGAGAAGGUUUAUUUCUUCUUCAGUGAGAUGGGGCGAGAGUACGACUUCAUCGACAAGUUCACCGUGUCUCGUGUUGCCCAGGUUUGCACGAGUGAUGUAGGGGGCCAGCGGACUCUGCAGCGACGAUGGACCACCUUCACUAAAGCUCAGCUCCUGUGUCAGGCCCAAGGAGAACUGCCCUAUAACAUCCUGCAGGACAUCACCACACUGCGGCCAACAGAGGGCGCCAGCGAGGACGACACGCUCUUCUAUGGCAUCUUCAGCUCCCAGUGGUCUCUGAACUCCGGUCGCUCGGCGGUGUGCGUGUUCAGUCUCCGAGACAUUAAAGCCGUGUUCGCUGGGAACUACAAAGCGCUGGACAGGAACACGCUGAAAUGGAGCUCGCGCAUGCAGGAGAAGAUCGCUAACCCUGGAGAGUGCGGUCUCCAUAACGCCUCGGAUAGCGCGCUCCGCUUCGUCAAGGAGAACUUCCUGGCAGAUAAGAACGUGUCUCCAGCCAAUGAAAGGCUGACGUUGGUGUCACCUGACCAGAGCUACAGCAACAUCGCGGCUCAGAGAGUGAAGGGAGCUCAUGGGAGAGAAUACACCGUCCUGUACCUGCUCACAGAAAGCGGUGACCUGCACAAAGCCGUGAUGUUGGAGGGCGGAGCUCACAUCGUCGAGGCGAUCCAGGUGUUGAAGCAGCCUCAGCAAGUCAAGAACCUCCUGCUCUCCGUCUCAAAGGGCGUGGUGUUGGUGGGCUCCUCCGACGGAGUCGCCUCAGUUCCUGUCUCGAACUGCUCACACUACUGGAGCUGCGCCGAGUGCGUGUUAGCCAGAGAUCCUUUCUGUGCCUGGGACUCAACCCAGCGAGUGUGUGCUCCCGUCUCUGCUAUCAAAGACCAGGCUGUUCAGGAUGUCGAUGAAGGAAACGUGUCGAAAGUGUGCAACACCUUCACUACGAUAGUUCCCAGAGGCCGGAAAGUGGUGACCAGUGCUCCCACCAGUCAGCUGGUUUUGGUGUUUCUACAAGAAGUAGUGCGUCUUCGCUGCCUGUCGUCGUCGCAGCUUGCGGAGCUGCACUGGAAGCGAGUCGGAGCUGAGAUCUUGCCAAGCAUCUACUUGCAGGAGGAUCGCGGCGACCUUAGCUUCCUGGCCACGCCCACAACGCUGGGCACCUACAUGUGUCAGGCCACCGAGAACGGCUUCACCCAGACGCUGGCUGUUUACGAGGUCCGAGAGAAGGUUGACUCCACCCUUCAGUCCUCCUCCUCCACUUCUCCCACCCACAGCCCCGAGACUGGAAGAGACGACGGAGCCACGACUCUAUCGAAGAUCGAGACGAUACCCGUCACUCAAGAGAAGAAACCCGCAACUCCGAAACCAACCGUGAGCACCGAAACCGACCCGAGCCCCACUCACGCUCCUGCUGAUGGCUCGACUGACCGGCAGAAGCUGGAGACCGGAGCGUGCUACCUGAAGGAGCUGGUGGCGGUGUCGGUGCUGUUAGUCAUGUGUGUUUGUGCGUUGCUAUUGGUGACAGCGUACGUUUGGAGGAAGAGCUAUCGCAGCCGGACGGCGCCGCAUUUACCCUCGACGGAGGGAGGUACAGAUCAGGAAAGGGAGGCACUGAGGGGCAGCUCAUCUCAACUGGAUAAAUACAACGAACAGAAAUCUCCGAACACCCCAAGCAACGGCGUGUCAAACGGCUCCAACGGCCACCUACCCAACAUUCCUAUCUGAACGCCAAGCGGGAUGCUUCUACCGCCUUGACCGAGCUGAUCAGUGCUUGUGGGCGUUUCCCACUCUCUAGCCUUUUACGCUUCCUGCUUCUGAGCCAGUACCGAGCUGCUCCUGUCAUGUCCAUUAACAGCGUAACAAUGCUUUCAGCUCAAGAGCGAAAUGUAUGUCAGACUCGAGGUGGAAUAAUCUGAAAAAAUGUAUAGACUUGUUGACUUCACCUGAAGAUCGCGAGUUCAAAUCCUGACGAUGCCACGGCCAUCCGUGGUUCAUAUUAAAGCUCUCGUUCUAAUAUGUUAACGUCGCUAUAGUAACAAUUUGCACAAAGCCUCGUAUGGCAGAUAAUCGCCAAAUAAUCUAAUCCUAUGGUAACAAACUUUUUUUUUUUUUUUUUCCCUCAAAAUGGUGUUAUUUUUAAUAACAAAAGCCUAUAAACGUUGUUCUGGUGAAGCUUUCUGUAAGGAGACGUUUAUUUAACUUGUACGAAAGAAAACGAGUCCGCGUCGGCGCUUUAAGAUAAAUCUGUCGUUUGAAGUUUUCCGCCAUGAGGAAACUCUUCAAGACGGACAAGUUUGUGUUUUUAUUGAUGAUGGAACGACUGUUUAUAGCUGCUAUAACAUAACCGAUAACAAACUUUUUUUUGCUGGCGUUCCACAACAUUAAAAGUAGCUAUAAACGGAUAAAAAUUGUCUUGAGCCUCAUCACAGUACGCACUAGCCGGUUAUUUUCCUAUAACGCCGCAUCCUGUGGUGUCGAUUUCUCGUUUUCUUAUCGUUUCAGGAUCGUUGCGUUUUUGAAAGAUUCGCUCCGAACAAACCGUUUAAAGUUUCUUGUCGGUUUUAACGGCUGGGUUUUUGGUGCAGCGGAGGUUGCGGUGGAGCUGCUCGGGAAGUUCCUGCUCCUUUCAGAGCCGUUAGAGGGAAAACGUGCACAAGCGAUACUGCACGAAAAACAAACGCGCGUUUUAAAAAAAAAAUUCUCACAAAAUGCCGCUAGAUUCAGGUUCGAUCCCAGUCGCACAGGAUGAGCAAACAGGCAAGAUAAACGCCAUUUUAAAAUAUUUAUUUUAAAAAGUUUUUUUUUUUUUUAAGUGGACUUGUUAAGAGGGUUCAGUAUUUCACCGCAAAGAUCUGAAAUCGACAUUUCCUUCGAAAGUGACCUGCUCUGUCUUUAAACGAUCUUGUAGCACAUUUCAGGAGAUUUGUUUCGUUGUCCGUGAAACUCGUCGUAUUUCAGCGAUCACGUUGCUGAUUAACGCAGAGCUCGUUUGUACUCGAGUUAACGUGGACUUUGUUAUCCUACGCUGUACGAGCACAGCGACGGUCGUUGCGUGAAAAGGAAGGUCAUGUGGUACGUACCGAAGACGAGGAGUCAAGGAGCCGCACUUUUUCCUGUGAAUAUUCUCUACUUUGUACAAACGUGGCACAUACGGUACAUGCGUCGUUCGAGUUGAAAACGAAAUCCGAUCUGUAGGUACUGCAGUUGUUUUUUUUUUUUUUUUUUUUUUUUUUUUAAACCAAGUCAAUGAUAAACCUGUAACUUGGACAAAGUGCUUUAUUAUUAUUAUUAUUAUUAUUAUUAUUUUAUGUAAAGAGACUGCAGGUUCCUGUGCUGGAUUUUGAUUUCUCAGUAUUGUUCUUUCCAUAAAUAUCUAUCUAAGGCUACGUUCACACUGCAGGCUGAAGUGACUCAAAUCCAAUCUUUUCGCCCAUAUGUGACCUGUAUCCGAUCUUUUAUUGACAAUAUGAACGACACAGAUCCGAUUUUUUCAAAUCCGACCCAGGCCGUUUGGAUAUGUGGUCCUAAUUCCGAUUCCUAUCCGCUCUUUUCAUAUGCGACUUCAGUCUGAACCGCCAGGUCGCAUUCAUCCGACUUGCACGUCAUCAACAAGCCACAAACGUCACUAUUCUGCGCUGAAGUAGGCGGCGGGUCUCUCAAAAAAAAAAGUUACAACAACAUGGUGCAUAAUCACGGGCGCAGAUAGAGGGGGGGACUCGUCCCACCCAGAUUUAAAUUCACCUCGUUCGGUCCCCCCCACUUAUAGGGAGGAAAAAACGUCUAUGCUGUCUUUCUUUGCAUAAGGCAAACCUCACGGAAAAAUCAAAAGACUAAUUACCAUUCGGUUUAUUGAGGUGCACAGCAGUACAUACAUAGUUGCAACAACUCACAUAAAACAAAACAAAGACUGAUAUUCGGUUGGUUGAGCUGCGCAGACUGCACAGGUUGCGAGCUCGAGCUUGGUUGCUAUGGUUACUAACAACAAGUUUGACAGGCAUAUCGGGGUUGGGGUUGGUUUGCUGGCAGCUUUGUCCCCCCCAGUUUUUUGUCCCCCCCAGUUCAAAAAACGUAUCUGCGCCCCUGCGCAUGACAUCAAUGCGAGGGACGCUUCGGGCUGUGAAGGUUCUGAAUCUUCUCAAUGGAAGGACGCAGAGGUUAGGGAGCUGAUUUCCAUUUGGGGGGAUGCAGCUAUUCAAGCUAGAUUGGAUGAGUCAUACCGCAACCGGGCGGUUUUACUUCCGUAAACACUGGCCAUGCUCACUGCGUGUGAUGUCGUCGUAUCCUGCAAGUGCGCAUGCGGAACACUUUUAGGUUGCUUUUCGUUCAUACUGAGGAUCACAUACAAGUCGCAUAUAUUUGUUAAUGUGAACGACCUCACAAAAAAAUCGGAUUUCACAAAAAAAUCGGAAUUGAGCAUUAAGCCUUGCAGUGUGAACGUAGCGUAACAGUCAUUUUAGCUCCCGUCUCUCGCUAUACAGUGAUGUAUCAUUAGUAUUGUGAUCAAAUCUCAGUACAUACAACACAACCAGCAGAUUUAAAUCUUUUUUUUUUUUUUAAUUUGCUUUUUUUUUUUUUCCUUUCUCGUCCAUGUUGACUAGCGAAUAAAUAUCAAGCUGCUGUUGGUACUUUAGGUGAAAGUAAAUCUCGUACGCUGCUCCUCAGUGGUGCGACUGUCGAAACGUCAGGAGGUCACGGAGAGGUGGUUCGUGGUGUAAAUAUGUGGACUUGAGUUAAUCUGCACCUUUUUUUAAAAAAUACUUGAGCUGGGAACAUGAACGUGUUUAUAAUAAGGGUACUGUUGAAUGUUUUGAUGGCUAAUUCACCUUGUUUAUGAUGGGAUCACAUUGUUUUACUGGUAAAAGUUGAGCAGUUCUUAUUGUUCAGUAUCUCGUGUGAUCACAGCGACAGACGUGUGUUUCAGCAUGAUGAUGAUGAUGAUUUUGUCCACUGUAAUGGACUUUAGAGGACAAACUGGCAUUUUGAACGAGACGGACUUUAUCUCCAGAGCACCAGCACUGCCCGAACACGCCGUCCCCCUGUGCAGCGUGGGAUGCGAUAUGACCCAUGGUGACGGUGUGUGAUUGUUGUUGUUUGUAUAUUUUAUAAUUGAUAAUCAGCACGUGCUUAGUUCUGUUAGUCGGCGUUUAUAACUGACGGGACCAAUCCGAACACAGACUGUGAUUUGCCAAACUUACUGUUCAUGUGAAACUGGAGGCAUUUGGACACUUUUUUUUUUUUUUUCUUUUCUUCUUCUUUCCCCCCUUCUGUUUCUCCUUCCAGCUGAAGGAGGGACGGGAAAAAUCCACUCACCACUGUUUAAAAGAUUUAAAAGACUGUUUACUGAUAUAUAUUUUUCUACAAAUGUUUCAUGUAAAAUAUAUUUUAAAUAAACAUGUCAAUUACAGCUGUCA